CCCGCCGCCCGGGCUCCGCGCGCGACGCCCCCUCCAGGCCCGGCUCCUGCGCCCUAUUUGGUCAAACGGGGGGCAGGCGGCGGGGCGGGGAGACGUGCGCGGCGGAAGGGGACGCGGAGCGGCUUGGAGCGCGCAGAACGGCCGCUGUUGCCACCUCCGUUGGGGACCCACGAGGCCGCCGCGUCCUGCCCUCGGAACAAUGGGACUGGGCGCGCGAGGUGCCCGGGCCGCGCUGCUCCUGGGGACGCUGCAGGUGCUCGCGCUGCUCGGGGCCGCGGCGGACAGCUCCGGCCCGGCGGCAUCUACAAACAAAGAGAAUUCUGUGCCUCAACAAAACUCCAGUGCUAAUGCAACAGAGAAUAUCCAACAUGUGCUUCCCAACAAUACAACUAAACAUUCCAACAGCACUGUGAAACCAACAACUGCACCUUCCUCAGUCGUGAGCACUAUGAAACCCACGGCAGCAUCUAAGACGACAACAUCAGGGGUGGUCUCAACAAAUAUGACUUCUACCACCUUCAAGUCUACGCCCAAAACAAAUGUUACACAAAGUACAUCUCAGGUGUCAACAUCCACAGUGACCACAACCCACAAUACUUUGGUGACGUCUCUUUCUUCAUCAAUAACAGUCACAGCAACUAUUCAUUCUAAAGAAAAUAAAGGAUCAAAAUUUGAUACUGGGAGCUUUGUUGGUGGUAUUGUAUUAACACUGGGAGUUUUAUCUAUUCUUUACAUUGGAUGCAAAAUGUAUUACUCAAGAAGAGGCAUUCGGUAUAGAACCAUGUAAGUUUUGAUUGACCAGGACUUUAAAAAAAUUAUGUCUGUGUAUCUUUAAUUAUCGUGACAAAAGUAUCAGGCCAGUGUUCAUCUCAGGGAUGAAUAAUUCAUAGAUUUAUGAGUUAUAUCCCUAUUAUCCCUCUCUGCCCACAGUAAAUUGUUUAAGUACAAGCUUGUGAUUAUAAUUAUUUGCAAAUGAAAACGGAUGUAUGUACCUAUAACAAUGUUUGUAAUUUUACUAGUGUUAAACAUAUUUUACAAGAGACCAAAGUUGAGCCACCCCUUUCACUUGCUUGUAUCACUGAUCAUAGGAAAUACCAGGGUCUCAUCAGGCCACGGACCUAGUAGGUCUUGUGUUCUGUUGCUGAUACUAAGCAGCCUUGGUAAAAUACGGUUUUUGCUUUCCAUGACUAAGACAAAGAAACUGGAGAAUUUCCUUUGAUAGCCUCCUUCAUUUUUCCUGAUAAUUUAAACAAGUGGUUAGUAUAAAUAAUAUACUUUAUUAUUUUAUCUGUGGUAAAACUGUCUUUUUAGAUGAGCUUAAGCAACAAGACCUAAUCAGCAAACCAUGUUUACCCUACAUAGAGCUCUGUAGGUCUCAUGGUUUUGGGAUGUAUCAUCUACCAGGUUUUUGUUGCCCCAGUAGUCAGUCCUUUGAGUCUUUUUUUUUUUAAGCAAUCAAGACCCUAGUGAACCUUUGAGUCUUAUAAGUUGUUUUAGUUCUGGCUGGUAUAACAAAUUAUCAUAGAGUUGGGUAUCUUAAACAGGAAACAUUUAUUUCUUACCCUUCUGGAAGCUGGAGUCCAAGAUCAGGAUGCCAGCAUGGUUGAGUUCUGGUAAGGGCCUUCCUCCAGGUUGCAGACUGUCAGCUUGUCAUUCAUUGUAUCCUCGGGUAGCAAAAAGGAAAGGCUUGCUAGCUCUCUGACCUCUUCUUGUAAGGGUGCUAAUCCCAUUCAUGAGGGCUCCACUCUUAGGGCCUAAUUACCUCCCAAAGGCCCUACCUCAAAAUACCAUCACAUUGAGAUUAGGGUUUCAACAUAAUGUAUUUUGGGGAACACAUUCAUUUGUGUCCGUUACACAUUUACAAGAGCCAGUUCAUUCUUUUGAUUGUUAAUGCAUAUAAAAAACAUAUAAUAGAUGACCAGUUUCCCAAACUUUGAGGGUUAACAGUUGUCAUAUACAUAUGUGUUCUACACAAAGUUCCUACAUCAGAAACGUUUGGGAAAUGCUAGCUUGAAUAAAGUAAACUAUAACUAUUUACUGUGAGACUUCUCUAAGCCUUUGAUAUGCUGAUGUGCUUUAUGAAUUUCCAGAAGGAAAUAGAGUGAAAUAUUUCUCAGAUUUUUCACUGAAAUAUUUGUUGAAUGAAUAAAAUCCCCCCUCCCUUUUCAAGAGGAGCUAGUAUUUAUUAUCUAUCUCUUGGAACUAGUAUUGUGUGGAAUACAUUUUUGGGAAAUAUUGGAAAUAAGCCAUUGGAGGGAAUCUUCUAGUUUUGACACUAGAUUUAAUUAAACAUAUAUAAAAGCAAAUCAUACUUCUUGGCACAUUAACUAGUACUAAAUAACAUAGGCUCUGAAAUUUUCAAUUCAUUGACAUAAACUUCUAAAUAAACAUCAUACCAUAAAUGAAAACAGGAUCUAGCAAAGUUAUAUUACUAAUA